AUGGCCACGUCACGGUCACGGCGGAUAGAGAGCCUGAGGGCCCCGGCAGGCUGGGGGUUCUGUAACCCAGGCGUGGGGCUCUCGGCCGAGUUUCGUCCCCUCGGGCAGCAGGUCCAGCAGCAGAGCCAGCCCCCCUCCCCUAACAAGGCCAUGGGAGCCCUGGAGACCAGGCCUCCUCCGCCAAGCGGUUGCCGCCCCAGCUCACAAGGGGCCCUCAGCACCAGGGCCUGCCCGGUGACCUGCUUGCUGCGCCCCGUUGCUGGGCAGAGGGCGUCCUCCGACCAGGGCAUCGGCUGGGUGUUCUCCCUGCUCUCCGCAACUCCAGGUCAUCUCUGUUUUGUUACAUUCAAGGAACAAGAUGGAGGAGACGGCCCACGGACUGGAAGGAGCCCAUGGCUGGCGGUGGACCACGAGGACAGAUGGAAAAGCCGAGGCUUGGAGCGGGGAAACACCUGGCCCAAGGUCAUACAGCCCUGGGGGGAGCUGGGCCCUCAUUCACACCUGUUCUACCAGCGCCAGGGCCAGCCCCAGAUGGCCCAGGAACAGGUGCCCCCUCCUCUCCUGCGCACCCCCAGACCCUACCCCAGCUUCUGCAACAGCUCCUCCUUCCUUACAGAGGUGGAGGAGUUGCUGUGGGCAGGAGGCAAGCAGGGGGAUGAACCUGGGGGUGAGAUGGGGGUGCUGCAUCCAGUGGGAGACCUGUUCACAAGUGCUCACAAGGACUGCCCCGUGCCCCAGGGCACGGACCCCCUGAACCCGGACCUGAUCUCUGGACACCCACCCACCACUGCUCCGGAAUCUGUCACUGGCAAGGACAAACAGAUGGAUUUCUGUUGGGAUCCUUGGCAGAGGUGCUUCCAGACCACCAACGGCUACCUGUCCGACUCCAGAUCCUGCUCCAGCAACUACAAUGUGGCAGCCCUGGCCACCUCAUCCCUCGUGGGGGUGGUGCAGAGCAUCAAGGACCACAUCACGAAGCCCACGGCCAUGGCUCGCGGCCGCGUGGCCCACCUCAUCGAGUGGAAGGGCUGGAGCGCCCAGCGGUCGGGCUGGGAGCUGUCCCCGGCAGAGGACGAGCGUUAUCACUGCCUCCCUGAGGAGCUGCGCGAGGCCCGCUUUGCUGCAGGGGUCGCCGAGCAGUUUGCCAUCACAGAGGCCACGCUGAGUGCCUGGUCCUCCCUGGACGAUGAGGAGCUGCACCCUGAGAGCAGCCACCAGGACCUCGUCCAGCUUCAAGACCUGGAGAGCAUCUGCCUUCAGGACAGCCUUCUGAGCGGCCCCUCGCAGGACGACAGUCUCCUGGCCUUCUCCCCUGGCCUCACCCCCGACGAUGGCUGGCCUUCCCCGGAGGAGCCCCCCAUCACAGCUGCCGGCUCGGAGUCCCCCGGACUGGGACAGCAGCUUCGGCGGCGGCUGCCAGGGGGCCCGGAGCCCGAGGGUGGGGCCCGCCUGCUGCGCUCCCUGCCCUCAGUGGACAGCGGCUCUCUGUCGGAGGAGGACGAGGUGUUCUACAACUGAGGCCGGGCUGACCUGCUCGCCCCACCUCCCCGCCUGGCAGGCAGCCCAGGGACCGCGGGGCCUGCAGCUGGGCGCCUCUCAACCCCUUGGGGCAAGCGCGGGUGGGCGCCAGCACCCCUGCGGACCACUGUGCCUCUGCGGACCUGCCCCGGCAGGGGAAGCCAUAACCCUUCCCUCUUCUCGGCUCAGGUGGGCAUCUUCCCCGCGGGGUUUCUGCCCUCAGCGAGCUCAGCCUCAGCAGACCCCCAGGCUCAGCGGAGCCCCGGCAGCCAGCCCAGAGGAGUGGACGCCAGGCCCGGCCGGGCUCGUCCCUGCCCCCUCUGCACUGGCUCUCGUCGAGGCGGGCAGCCUCUUCUGGUAGCUAAGCCUCUGCUCCUUGACUGUCUGACGAUGUCUGUCCAUCCCUCUUCCUGCUUCCCUGUGCCCUUGCUUCCCCUCCCCUCCCCAGGGAGCCCGCUCCCUCCUCGCACCCAUCCCGCCUCCCUCAAGGUUCUCUGAAGACAUUAAAGUCGUGGAUUCACCCCCAAUGAACUUGGCCUGGUCUCUGCUGAGGAAAAUGGGUCCUCGCGCCUUGGGUGGGGGGUCUAGGGGGACUUAAACCCACCUCCCGACACACACCUGCUGCCACCAGAGGCCCCACAAAGGUCACCCAAGGCUCUUCCAACUCCCCAGGGGGACCACACUGGGGACCUCACUGACAGCCAGGCUGUGUCAAGGCAGGGACAGGGCUAGGGUGACCCUGGGCUCCAGGGUCCUGCUGAGACCUGAGGACAGCCC